CUGUCUUCCCCAAAGUCACCUCAUGCCGAGUCCACCUCCGACCCCCUUGGCCUGCCGCACUCCCGGGAUUAGGGGGUGAAAUAUAGACACUGACAGCUGACAUCACGGCAGCCCUGCCUUAAAUCGGCCCCAUUUCGGGGCCCUCUUCCUCUUCCAGCCUUUCCCCUGCUCUUCCUGCCCUCCGGCCAGCUCUCGCCUCCCGGUGCCCAGCACAGCCAGCGCCUCCCGGCCCUGUUCAGUCUGGACCCUUUGGAAAGUCCUUCGCCCCGGCAAAAAGCCGGCCCGGGAGGCUGAGCGGAUCGGACUGACCCGGCGACCCAGCCCUCGGGGGAAGAGACGGCGCGCAGGCCGAGCGGGGUCUGAGCAUGAUGUCCUACAUCAAGCAGCCUCAUUACGCAGUCAACGGGCUGACCCUCGCGGGCCCAGGCAUGGACCUCCUCCACUCCGCCGUGGGGUACCCAACCACCCCACGGAAGCAGCGGCGGGAGCGCACCACCUUCACCCGGGCGCAGCUGGACAUCUUGGAGGCGCUGUUUGCCAAGACCCGCUACCCCGACAUCUUCAUGCGGGAGGAGGUGGCGCUCAAGAUCAACCUGCCGGAGUCCCGGGUGCAGGUGAGGAUGAGCUCCCCCGUCUCCUCCGCCUCCUUCAGCCUCCUGGACUGCAGCGCCUACCUCUCGCCCAUGCACCCGCAGCUCUCCGCGCCCGGCGCCGCCCUCAGCCCCAUCGCCGCCCCGUCCAUGGGCAACCACCUCAGCCAGUCCCCGGCCUCCCUCUCCGGCCAGGGCUACGGCACGGCCGGGCUGGGCUUCGGCACCGUGGACUGCUUGGACUACAAGGACCAGGCGGCCUCGUGGAAACUCAACUUCAACGCCGCAGACUGCCUGGAUUACAAGGACCAGAGCUCCUGGAAGUUCCAAGUCUUGUGAGGCGGGGGGACACCCUCCAC